UUGUAAUACGCCUUUACGCUGCGGAAAGUCGCUGUGUGUCACUCGUAACGAGUCAUAUUUGUAGUUCGCAGUGGUGUACAAUAUACUGUGACCGCGCGGUGUGGUGAACGUAGAAGAAUACCGGAAACGAAGGGACACAGUCACACCGGCAUGACGGGAUCUACUCUGGACGCGAGCACACUCUGCCUCUUUGAUGUUGACGGGACGCUUACGGCCCCGAGACAGCCUGUGACCCCACACAUGGCAGAGUUCCUGCAGAAGCUGAGGACUCGGGUUCGGGUCGGGGUGGUAGGAGGCUCGGACCUUGACAAGAUCAAAGAGCAGCUGGGAGACGAUGUGAUCCAGAACAUGGACUACGUGUUUGCUGAGAACGGCCUUGUGGCUUAUAAAAAUGGAACGUUACAUUCUGUCCAGUCCAUCCAGGCCCACAUGGGAGAAGAGCUAUUGCAGGAGUUCAUCAACUUUUCUCUCAGCUACAUGGCAAAGAUCAAACUGCCCAAGAAGAGGGGGACAUUUAUUGAAUUUCGUAACGGCAUGUUGAACGUCUCCCCAAUAGGACGCAGCUGCACACAGGAGGAGAGGACAGAGUUCUAUGUGCUGGAUCAGAAAGAGAAAAUCCGAGAGAAGUUUGUGUCCGUGUUGAAGGAAGAGUUCAGAGGGAAAGGCCUCACGUUUUCAAUUGGAGGCCAGAUCAGCUUUGACGUGUUUCCUGAUGGCUGGGAUAAGAGGUACUGUCUGGGGAUCGUCGAGCAGGACAACUACUCCAGCAUUCACUUCUUUGGAGACAAGACCAAACCUGGAGGAAACGACUACGAGAUUUUCUGUGACCCUCGAACUAUCGGUCACGAGGUCUCCCGUCCGGAGGAGACGCAGCAGUUGUGUCAGAACCUUUUCUUCUCCUGAGUGUUACUGAGUGUAUGAAUGAGGCCCAGGGAUGCAGACAUUUAUUUUUCAGAUAAGUGAUGUUUGCAGCAGCAGUGUCGCUGCAGUGUGUGGAGAUAUGACGGCAGUGUCAUGUUUUAAACGUGAUGUUUAACAGGCUUGAUAAUUUUCUAAACACGGUUCUUAACCUCCACUACUGACGAGUCACCUUACACCUGUUUUUACCUCGAUGUAGCCUGGAUUUGCUGAUUCAGUCAUCAUGCAACCUAUCACCUCUACUGUACAAAACCAUUCAUGUCAAAUGAACUCGAUUGUUUUAUAAAUGUCACCUAAUGUACAGAUCUGACACAACCAAUGCACCUUAUGAGACAUGGCAACAUCAUGGCUCCUAUGAGUAGAGGUUUUACCCUGUACAGCACUUAAAUCCUUAAUUUACCUGUCAUACUGAACAGCGGAAAAUAAAACAUGGGAACAACU